AUGAACAAGCCGGACUUCCUCGGCCUAUCGAGCCAGGAACCCCAUCGAGUGGUCUCGUUCCCGGCAUCACAGUCCCUGCACGCGUCUACCGCGUCUGCGCCCCGCGCCAUCUCCACGGGUCUUCCUCGUCUGGAUGAGGCGCUUUGUCCGUCCUUUCCGGAUGACAUACUGGGAUUCGUGGAUGUCCAAUCCAAGGGAAUCCCCGGUGGCCAUAUUACAGAGGUGUUUGGACCUCCAGGGGUGGGCAAGACCUCGCUGGCCCUGAACGUGGUCUCAAAUGCCCUCCAGGCUGGGGACAAAGUGAUCUGGAUCGAUACGGGCUCUCCCCUUCCUAAACGACGGCUGAGAGACAUGCUCCUCCAUGCAGGGGCUAUUGACCCUAGCACAGAAACCAUUACGAACACUGGAUCUGAAACUGCAAAAAGCCCCCUAGACCACGCCACCAACCUGCUCUACUUCCGCGCACAGUCUCUCCCUCAUCUACUAGCUAUCCUUCUUCACCCACCCAAGGGUUUCCCCCCAGAAAGCACCUCCCUGCUCGUAAUUGACUCCAUAUCUGGCCCCUUCCCAUCCUACUUCCCCAAUCCCUCCGAACUCCGUUCCCGCAUCUCCGGAAAAAUCACCGAUAAAGCACAGAUCCAAUGGCUCAUAAAUCGCAAAUGGAACGUCACCAGCGACCUAGCCACUCAUCUCUCCAGACUAGCCACGAUACAUCGAAUGGCGGUGCUCCUUCUCAACCAUACCCACACCCGGAUCAAGGGCCAGCCGCGCGCGACGCUCUGUCCCGUCCUAGCGGGCGGAACCUGGGAGAGUAAUGUCUAUGCGCGGAUCGCCCUGUAUCGCGACUUUCUUACCGAGGAGACGUCCACGAGGGUGCGUUUUGCGGAGGUUAUGAAACGGUCUGGAAAGACCUUGUCUACGAGAUUAGAAGACAAUGUGGUGUCUUUUUUGAUUGAGUCGGAGUCCGAGUCUGGACCUGGUCCUACCGAUGACCCGGGAUUUACUGCUACCAGUCGAAAACGUAAAGUCGACGAGGUUGCAGACAGCCAAGACGAAGAUGACUCGGAUGGUGAAUUUCGAUGGAUUGAAGAUGACGAUGCUGGUUUGUUGGGCGAUUAG